UUUUCCUUCACUAACUCAAAUUGGGCAAAAUAGAACACCAAAAUCGUGCCCUCCCUCUCUGUAUAAAUAAUAACCGAUAGAGAUAGAAAACGAAAUCAAUUUGAUUAAUUAGGGUUUUUUUUUCGAAUCAUGCCGAAGAAUAAGGGAAAAGGAGGUAAGAACAGGAAGAGAGGGAAGAAUGAAGCUGAUGAUGAGAGGAGAGAAUUGAUCUUCAAAGAAGAUGGACAAGAAUACGGUCAGAUACAACGCAUGUUGGGUAAUGGAAGAUGUGAAGCUGCUUGUAUUGAUGGAGUUACACGUCUUUGCCAUAUUCGUGGUAAGAUGCAUAAAAAAGUUUGGAUUUCUUCUGGUGAUGUCGUUCUACUUGGUCUUCGUGAUUUUCAGGAUGAUGUUAUUCUCAAGUACAUGCCAGAUGAGGCGAGGCUGUUGAAGGCAUAUGGAGAGUUACCGGAGAAUUUUAGGCUGAAUGAGGGUGUUAAUGUAUUGGAGGAAGAGGAUGACGCCCCUGAUGAUGAUUAUGUCGAGUUUGAGGACGAAGACAUCGACAGAAUCUAGAUUUUUUCUUACAGUUCUUGACUUACUCUUUCUUUCUGAUCUUUAGGUUUCUGUAUGAAUAUAUAUUUUUUCUUUCUGAUCUUUAGGUUUCUGUAUGAAUAUAUAUUUUUACUUCUAUAUGAUUAUUUUUUCUAUUUGCA